GAACGCUGGGCUCUGCUCUUCCCAUCCAGACGGAAGAAUCACCGCGGAAAGGUCCUCCCAUGCCAUCCUCCUCAUCUAGUCCAUCAGUUAUUGAACAUACACAUUCCCCUCCUCCAUCACCCAAUCUCCAUGACAACCAGAGGUGGUUGCUAAGUACUAGUGCCAUCCAGCCAGUUCAGGACUCUGACACUGAUGAUGAGUACAUUGCCAGCUCUUUUCUAGUGCAGACCGGUACGGUUUCAGUUUGUGCCCCAUGCGAUGAGCAACCUGCCAAUAAUCAAGGACAGUCCACUCUGCAGCCUCUCCCACCUUCGCACAAACAACAUUCUGCACAGCAUCAUCCAUCCAUCACUUCUCUCAACAGAAACUCUCUGACCAAUAGAAGGAACCAGAGUCCGGCCCCGCCGGCUGCUUUGCCCGCCGAGCUGCAAACCACACCCGAGUCCGUCCAGCUGCAGGACAGCUGGGUCCUUGGCAGUAAUGUACCACUGGAAAGCAGGCAUUUCCUAUUCAAAACAGGAACAGGGACGACGCCACUGUUCAGUACUGCCACACCAGGAUACACAAUGGCAUCUGGCUCUGUUUAUUCCCCCCCGACUCGGCCACUACCUAGAAACACCCUAUCAAGAAGUGCUUUUAAAUUCAAGAAGUCUUCAAAAUACUGUAGUUGGAAAUGCACUGCCCUCUGCGCUGUAGGGGUCUCUGUACUCCUGGCAAUACUACUAUCAUAUUUUAUAGCAAUGCAUCUAUUUGGCCUCAACUGGCAAUUACAACAAACUGAAAAUGACACUUUUGAGAAUGGAAAAGUGAAUGCUGACACCUUGCCAACAAACACUGUAUCGCUACCUUCCGGCGACAGUGGAAAAUUAGGUGGAUUUGCUCAAGAAAAUAACACCAUAGAUUCAGGAGAACUUGAUAUUGGCCGGAGAGCGAUUCAAGAGGUUCCUCCGGGGAUUUUCUGGAGAUCCCAGCUCUUUAUUGAUCAGCCACAGUUUCUUAAAUUCAAUAUCUCCCUCCAGAAGGAUGCACUGAUUGGAGUAUAUGGCCGCAAAGGCUUACCACCUUCCCAUACCCAGUAUGACUUUGUGGAGCUGCUGGAUGGCAGCAGGUUAAUAGCGAGAGAACAGCGCAACCUGCUUGAGUCAGAAAGAGCUGGUCGACAGACAAGAUCUGUCAGUCUUCACGAGGCUGGUUUCAUCCAGUAUCUGGAUUCCGGAAUCUGGCAUCUGGCUUUUUAUAAUGAUGGGAAAAAUGUAGAGCAGGUGUCUUUUAAUACCAUCGUUAUAGAGUCUGUGGUCGAAUGCCCCCGGAAUUGCCAUGGAAACGGAGAAUGCGUUUCUGGGACAUGCCAUUGUUUUCCAGGAUUUCUGGGCCCCGAUUGUUCAAGAGCAGCCUGUCCGGUGUUGUGUAGCGGAAAUGGGCAAUAUUCCAAAGGACGUUGUCUGUGCUUCAGCGGCUGGAAGGGUACCGAGUGUGAUGUGCCCACCACCCAGUGCAUUGACCCCCAGUGCGGGGGUCGUGGGAUUUGUAUUAUGGGAACUUGUGUCUGCAACUCAGGAUACAAAGGGGAAAACUGUGAAGAAGCUGACUGUUUAGACCCUGGCUGCUCUAAUCAUGGGGUGUGUAUCCAUGGAGAAUGUCAUUGCAACCCAGGAUGGGGUGGAAACAACUGUGAGAUACUGAAGACCAUGUGUCCGGACCAGUGCUCUGGGCACGGAACAUACCUUCAAGAAAGCGGUACCUGUACUUGUGACCCAAACUGGACUGGCCCAGACUGCUCAAAUGAAAUAUGCUCGGUGGACUGUGGCUCACAUGGGGUUUGCAUGGGGGGAACUUGUCGCUGUGAAGAAGGCUGGACCGGCCCAGCAUGCAAUCAAAGAGCCUGCCACCCCCACUGUGCGGAACAUGGAACCUGCAAAGAUGGGAAGUGUGAAUGCAGCCAGGGAUGGAACGGAGAGCACUGUACCAUUGAGGGUUGCCCUGGUCUGUGCAAUAGCAAUGGAAGAUGUACCCUGGACCCAAACGGCUGGCAUUGUGUUUGCCAACCAGGGUGGAGAGGCGCAGGAUGUGAUGUAGCCAUGGAGACCCUGUGCACAGAUAGCAAGGACAAUGAAGGAGAUGGACUAAUUGACUGUAUGGACCCUGACUGCUGCUUACAAAGUUCCUGCCAGAAUCAGCCCUAUUGUCGUGGACUCCCGGAUCCGCAAGAUAUCAUUAGCCAAAGCCUACAGUCACCAUCUCAGCAAGCUGCUAAGUCUUUUUAUGAUCGAAUUAGUUUCCUUACAGGGCCGGACAGUACUCAUGUUAUACCUGGGGAAAGUCCUUUCAAUAAAAGUCUUGCAUCUGUCAUUAGAGGCCAAGUACUAACUGCGGAUGGGACGCCCCUUAUUGGAGUUAACGUCUCAUUUUUUCAUUACCCAGAGUAUGGAUACACUAUUACUCGCCAGGAUGGAAUGUUUGACUUGGUGGCAAAUGGCGGUGCAUCUCUCACUCUGGUAUUUGAACGGUCACCGUUCCUCACUCAGUAUCACACUGUGUGGAUUCCCUGGAAUGUCUUUUAUGUGAUGGAUACCCUGGUCAUGAAGAAAGAAGAGAAUGACAUUCCCAGCUGUGAUCUGAGUGGAUUUGUGAGGCCAAAUCCUAUCAUUGUGUCAUCACCUUUAUCCACCUUUUUCAGAUCUUCUCCUGAAGACAGUCCCAUUAUUCCUGAGACACAGGUACUUCAUGAAGAUACUUCAAUUCCAGGAACAGACUUGAAACUCUCCUAUUUGAGCUCCAGAGCAGCAGGGUACAAGUCAGUCUUGAAGAUCACCAUGACUCAGUCUGUUAUACCAUUCAAUUUAAUGAAAGUUCAUCUGAUGGUGGCAGUCGUAGGGAGACUCUUUCAAAAAUGGUUCCCAGCGUCACCAAAUCUUGCUUAUACAUUCAUAUGGGACAAGACUGAUGCGUAUAAUCAGAAAGUCUAUGGUUUGUCUGAAGCUGUUGUGUCUGUUGGGUAUGAAUAUGAAUCUUGUUUGGACCUAACUCUGUGGGAAAAGAGAACCGCCAUUUUGCAAGGCUAUGAAUUGGAUGCAUCCAAUAUGGGUGGUUGGACACUAGAUAAGCAUCAUGUGCUGGAUGUUCAGAAUGGUAUACUCUACAAGGGAAAUGGGGAAAAUCAGUUCAUUUCUCAACAACCUCCAGUGGUCAGUAGUAUCAUGGGCAACGGACGGAGGCGCAGCAUUUCAUGCCCAAGCUGCAAUGGUCAAGCUGAUGGCAACAAGCUCCUGGCUCCGGCUGCUUUGGCUUGUGGAAUUGAUGGCAGCCUGUAUGUAGGGGAUUUCAACUACGUACGGCGGAUAUUCCCUUCUGGGAAUGUAACUAGUGUUCUGGAACUGAGAAAUAAAGAUUUUAGACAUAGCAGCAACCCAGCUCAUAGAUACUACCUUGCAACAGAUCCAGUAACAGGAGAUUUGUAUGUUUCCGACACAAACACCCGCAGAAUUUAUCGCCCCAAGUCCCUCACUGGUGCAAAAGACCUCACUAAAAAUGCUGAAGUGGUGGCGGGGACAGGAGAGCAGUGCCUACCAUUUGAUGAAGCACGGUGUGGUGAUGGAGGCAAGGCUGUGGAGGCCACACUCAUGAGUCCCAAAGGGAUGGCCAUUGAUAAGAAUGGAUUAAUCUACUUUGUUGAUGGAACCAUGAUCAGAAAAGUAGACCAAAAUGGAAUAAUAUCAACUCUCCUGGGUUCUAAUGAUCUAACUUCAGCCAGGCCUUUAACAUGCGAUACCAGUAUGCACAUCAGCCAGGUGCGUCUGGAAUGGCCCACCGACUUGGCUAUUAACCCUAUGGAUAACUCCAUUUACGUCCUGGAUAAUAACGUAGUUUUACAGAUCACUGAAAACCGCCAGGUCCGCAUUGCCGCUGGGCGGCCGAUGCACUGUCAGGUCCCUGGAGUGGAAUACUCUGUAGGAAAACAUGCGGUUCAGACAACCUUGGAAUCGGCCACGGCCAUCGCCGUGUCCUAUAGUGGGGUCCUGUACAUCACAGAAACGGAUGAAAAGAAGAUUAACCGAAUAAGACAGGUCACAACAGAUGGAGAAAUCUCAUUAGUUGCUGGAAUACCCUCAGAAUGUGACUGUAAAAAUGAUGCCAACUGUGACUGCUAUCAGAGUGGAGAUGGCUAUGCCAAGGAUGCCAAACUCAAUGCUCCUUCCUCCUUAGCCGCGUCUCCAGAUGGUACACUGUACAUCGCAGAUCUCGGAAACAUUCGGAUCCGGGCUGUGUCAAAGAACAAGCCUUUGUUGAACUCCAUGAAUUUUUAUGAAGUGGCCUCUCCCACUGAUCAAGAGCUUUAUAUCUUUGACAUCAAUGGUACUCACCAGUACACCAUGAGCCUCGUCACUGGUGACUACCUGUACAAUUUUAGCUACAGUAACGAUAACGAUAUCACCGCGGUGACCGAUAGCAAUGGCAAUACUCUAAGAAUUAGACGAGAUCCCAACCGGAUGCCAGUGAGGGUGGUGUCCCCUGAUAACCAAGUCAUAUGGCUGACCAUAGGGACCAAUGGAUGUUUGAAAAGCAUGACUGCCCAAGGACUGGAGCUCGUUUUAUUUACUUACCACGGCAACAGUGGUCUUCUGGCCACCAAAAGUGACGAGACUGGUUGGACUACCUUUUUUGACUAUGACAGUGAGGGCCGUCUGACAAAUGUGACAUUUCCAACUGGAGUGGUCACCAACCUUCAUGGAGAAAUGGACAAGGCUAUUACAGUGGACAUUGAAUCAUCCAGCAGGGAGGAGGAUGUCAGCAUUACUUCAAAUUUAUCAUCAAUUGAUUCUUUCUAUACCAUGGUUCAAGAUCAGUUAAGAAACAGCUACCAGAUUGGUUAUGACGGCUCCCUGAGAAUUAUCUAUGCCAGUGGCCUAGACUCACACUACCAAACAGAGCCACAUGUUCUCGCUGGCACAGCCAACCCAACAGUGGCUAAAAGAAACAUGACUCUCCCUGGAGAGAAUGGCCAGAAUUUAGUGGAGUGGAGAUUCCGAAAAGAGCAAGCCCAAGGAAAAGUCAAUGUCUUUGGUCGAAAGCUUAGGGUUAAUGGCAGAAACCUCCUCUCAGUCGACUUUGAUCGAACCACGAAGACAGAAAAGAUCUAUGACGACCACCGUAAAUUUCUUCUGAGAAUUGCCUAUGACACAUCAGGGCACCCAACCCUCUGGUUGCCAAGUAGCAAGCUGAUGGCUGUCAAUGUUACCUAUUCAUCUACAGGCCAAAUCGCCAGCAUCCAAAGAGGAACCACCAGUGAAAAAGUAGAUUAUGACGGACAGGGAAGGAUUGUGUCUCGGGUUUUUGCAGAUGGGAAAACAUGGAGUUAUACAUACUUAGAAAAGUCAAUGGUCCUCCUGCUUCAUAGUCAGAGGCAGUACAUCUUUGAAUAUGAUUUGCUGGACCGGCUUUCGGCUAUCACCAUGCCCAGUGUUGCUCGUCACACCAUGCAAACGAUACGCUCCAUUGGCUAUUACCGGAACAUAUACAACCCCCCUGAAAGCAAUGCCUCCAUCAUCAUGGACUACAAUGAGGAAGGGCUACUUCUGCAGACAGCUUUCCUGGGUACCAGUCGGAGGGUCCUAUUCAAGUACAGAAGGCAAACACGACUUUCAGAAAUUCUGUAUGAUAGCACAAGAGUCAGUUUUACUUAUGAUGAGACAGCAGGAGUCCUAAAAACAGUGAACCUCCAGAGCGAUGGUUUUAUCUGCACCAUUAGAUACAGGCAAAUUGGCCCACUGAUUGAUAGACAGAUUUUCCGCUUCAGUGAAGAUGGGAUGGUAAACGCACGGUUUGACUACAGCUAUGACAACAGCUUCAGAGUGACCAGCAUGCAGGGUGUCAUCAAUGAAACUCCACUGCCCAUUGAUCUCUACCAAUUUGAUGAUAUUUCUGGUAAAGUCGAACAGUUUGGAAAGUUUGGGGUUAUUUACUACGACAUUAACCAGAUCAUUUCUACAGCCGUCAUGACCUAUACCAAACACUUUGACGCUCAUGGCCGCAUCAAGGAAAUUCAGUAUGAGAUAUUCCGGUCGUUGAUGUACUGGAUUACGAUCCAGUAUGAUAACAUGGGACGAGUAACCAAGAGAGAGAUUAAAAUUGGACCUUUUGCCAACACUACUAAAUAUGCUUAUGAGUACGAUGUCGAUGGGCAACUCCAAACGGUUUACCUGAACGAGAAAAUCAUGUGGCGCUACAACUAUGACCUGAAUGGUAAUCUGCAUUUACUGAACCCGAGUAACAGCGCACGCCUGACACCUCUUCGUUAUGACCUGAGGGACAGGAUCACUCGAUUAGGGGAUGUUCAGUAUCGAUUAGAUGAAGACGGCUUCCUACGUCAGCGAGGCACCGAGAUCUUUGAAUACAGUUCCAAGGGCCUCCUGACUCGAGUUUACAGCAAAGGCAGCGGCUGGACGGUGAUAUACCGCUACGAUGGCCUCGGGAGGCGGGUAUCAACCAAAACAAGCCUAGGACAGCACCUCCAGUUUUUUUAUGCUGAUCUCACUUACCCCACCAGAAUUACCCAUGUCUAUAACCAUUCAAGUUCAGAAAUUACUUCUCUGUAUUAUGAUCUUCAAGGACACCUCUUUGCCAUGGAGAUUAGCAGCGGGGAUGAAUUCUACAUUGCAUCAGACAACACUGGGACACCCCUGGCUGUUUUUAGUAGCAAUGGGCUUAUGCUAAAACAAAUUCAGUACACUGCCUAUGGCGAGAUCUAUUUUGACUCCAAUCUGGACUUUCAGUUGGUGAUUGGAUUUCAUGGAGGCCUCUAUGACCCACUCACCAAAUUAGUCCACUUUGGAGAAAGAGAUUAUGACAUAUUGGCAGGACGAUGGACAACCCCUGACAUAGAAAUCUGGAAAAGGAUUGGGAAGGACCCAGCUCCUUUUAAUUUGUAUAUGUUUAGGAAUAAUAAUCCUGCAAGUAAAAUUCAUGAUGUGAAAGAUUACAUCACAGAUGUUAACAGCUGGCUGGUGACAUUCGGCUUCCAUCUACACAAUGCUAUUCCAGGAUUCCCUGUUCCCAAAUUUGAUUUAACAGAGCCUUCUUAUGAACUUGUGAAGAGUCAGCAGUGGGAUGAUAUACCACCAAUUUUUGGAGUCCAGCAACAAGUGGCCAGACAAUCAAAGGCUUUCCUGUCCCUGGGGAAAAUGGCCGAAGUACAGAUCAACAGACACAAAGCCGGCGGAGAGAAAUCAUGGCUGUGGUUUGCUACAGUCAAGUCUCUGAUUGGCAAAGGAGUCAUGCUUGCCGUGAGUCAAGGGAAAGUGCUGACUAACGUACUCAACGUUGCCAAUGAGGACUGCAUCAAAGUGGCAGCCGUCUUGAAUAAUGCUUACUACCUUGAAAACUUGCAUUUCACCAUCGAAGGGAAGGACACUCAUUAUUUCAUCAAAACCACCUCGCCAGAGAGUGACCUUGGCACCCUGCGGCUAACAAGUGGGAGGAAGGCCCUGGAGAACGGGAUCAACGUCACCGUUUCCCAGUCCACCACAGUGGUGAACGGCAGGACUCGCAGGUUUGCCGACGUGGAGAUGCAGUAUGGCGCAUUGGCUCUUCACGUCCGCUAUGGCAUGACUCUGGAUGAGGAGAAAGCACGCAUCUUGGAACAGGCCCGACAGAGGGCCCUGGCCAACGCUUGGGCCAGAGAGCAGCAAAGAGUUCGGGACGGAGAAGAGGGAGCCAGACUCUGGACAGAAGGAGAAAAAAGGCAGCUUCUCAGUGCUGGGAAAGUACAAGGAUACGAUGGGUACUAUGUACUCUCUGUGGAGCAAUACCCGGAGCUGGCAGACAGCGCUAACAAUAUACAGUUUCUUAGACAAAGCGAAAUAGGAAGAAGGUAACACACUGGCCAAGUCCCGGCCGCCAAAGAGACAGUGCACCAAAGUCUUCUGAUAGGGAGACAGAACUAUCUUGCUGCAUCACUGUUUGAGCCUAAACUACACCUUUGCUCAGAAUUUUCUGUAGCACAAUUUGAAUUGGACUCUGUGAAAGAGAAGAGCCUUCCAGGAGAAUGAUACUGCUUUAA